AUUUAUAUAAAGAAGCUUUUUAAAUUUAGAGCAAUUUUGGAAGCAGCCGGACAUGGACUACAGCCUAGCAGCCUUGAAGCUUCUAUGCCGGCAGCUCAAAGACGCCCGCGGAACUCCGUCUCACGCCACCGCCACUCUUAGCGGCAUUCUCUUCCAACGCGCCUGGCUUCAGGGGAUCUUGGUCUCCGUCGACAAAGAAAAUGGUAAAUUGAUUCUCGACGAUGGCACCGGCACCGUCGAGCUCUCCCUCCCUCGCAACUUCCUUCUCCGCCCUUGGAGCCUCGGGAUGUACGUGAUGGUUGUUGGCGCUUUUCUCUUCCGGACGAAUGAACCGCCCUUUAUUUCGGUCCACAAGAUUGUUGAUCUUUCAAAGUCUCCUAAUCGAGAGGCAAUGUGGUAUCUUGAAGUCAUGGAAGCAUACAAAAUGUUCUAUGAACCUCUGGUUGAAGAGUUUUUGUAACUUGUUUUGUCGACCUAAAAGGUGUUGAUUAUUUUAUUUUCAUGUUAAUCCUGCUAUGAAAAAUGCAUCAAUUUCUUGUAAUCCUACAAAUGGGUUAUGAUGGUCUUUCGAUCUUGUAAGAUCACAACUCAAGUAGAGAAUCCGAGUAUUAUCCUCUCCUUUGGUAGGCAUAAUUUUGAAAACACAAGUAGAUAAGGAUAAGCAGAUAGGAAAGCCAAUCCUCUUGCUUUGUGUAUCUGAUGAUGUCAAAGAGAAUUUUGUGAUA